AAUUAAGUCACGCACUUUUUCGCCGUUGCCAUCUGUUCACGUUGCCGUUCCUCGGAUCUAUCUUCGUCCCAUUUCUUUCAACUCCAUGACAUUCAGCAAAAGGAGCUGUGCCCAGUCCAGAGUAGGUCGCUACUUAAUAGAACACAAUAAUAUAUGGCAGUAUGACGUUUCUACAACAUCAUCCACUUGCAGUGCUGUGCUGGAUCGCCAUUUGGAUAUCUUCUACCCAUGGCUUUAUCGUGAGGACCCAUCGAGGUAUCCAAACUGUCCAGACCGUCCUACAUGUACAAAGUAGCAGUAAUGAAUCAUCUGACGAACAACCAUCGGAUCUGUCUUGGUUACGAGAUGCCAUGGACACUCCCAUGGAACCCGAUGGCCUGGUGCUAGUAGAAUCGCAACCUGGAAUUUCCGGUUUUGCCGUGGAUCCCCAACGAGGGUUUGUGGUGGUACUGGUAGGCGGUCGUGAUCGAGCCACCUAUGCCGUCGUGUCGCCCAAGGACAAACAACGAGUACGGUCGCCGGAAGCACUCUGUUUGGUACAAUUGGCCGGAGGAAUGGAUUUGGGAACGGCCGUGUUGCCACCGGAUAUUUUGGCAAAGUUGGUCGCCGAGGAAAUUGAAGGAUCGUCCGUGCGAGAGUUGCGACCUCAAAUCACCUUGAAACGGGUCGAUGUGGUGGCGUUUACAGGAAAGGGACAACGAGAGGAAGAACCAACCGCCACACAGUCAACAAACAACCCACAACGAGAUGCCGCCAUUCAAGAACAAGCGAGCAAAGUGACGGCAGCCGUACAAAAGCUACCCGGAUUGGAAGAAUGCACACAAGACCAAGUCGUCGAUGCACUCCAAAGACACGCCAAUGAAAAAGGAUCGGUGGAUCGCCAAGGAUUCAUGGCUCUCCUGGAUACCCUACGGAGACAAAUCAACGCCAUGGAAACACCCCUUGUGCAAUUCAAUCUACUCGUUACUGUGAACAAUAAAGAAGACGAGGAAUUGGAGCUCGUCAUUCCGGCCCCUUCCGCUUUCCUUGGCGUAGGACUCGCCUUGCGGUAUAAAGUCGACGUGGUGGUCACGGAAGAAUGCCAAGUGGCAGGGUUUGAUGUGGUGGAAAUUGCCAGCCGAUUUCCCGCAUUCCGGCCGAUCAAGGAACUCUACGAAGAUGCUAAAAUCAUGGAUGGGUUCAUCCCUUCCCUCUUCGACCAGGCUACUGCACCCGACAAUGAGGACAAGGUAUAA